GGGAGCAUGGCCGCCCUGGCCCGGCUUCAGGAGAGGCUGACGGAGCUGUGGGAGGAGUAUUACUGUAGAAACAGAUCUAUAGAUGAAGAAAGAACAAUCGAGUACAAAGCCGCUGUCAAAAUCCAGAGCUGCUUUCGAGGAUACAGAGUCCGAGCCUACCUAAGAUACCUGAACAAAAUGGCGAUUACUAUACAGAAGUGGUGGAGAGGUUAUCAAGGCAGAAGAUACUUCAGAAAUAUGGUGGAGACAGCAUAUUUUAUUAUGAAGAUGAAUUUCUACAAUGAAAUGGCUGUCAGGAUUCAGAAAUGGUGGCGAGGCUAUUAUGUUCGGAAAUAUGUCCAUAAUUAUUAUGCACUGAAGAAAUAUCUGGAAGCUGUUUCUUUGAAUAAUGAGAUUGUCAGAAAUCAACUCCAAGAGUACGCAGAAAUGAUGGAAAAUGAAGAGAAAAGGAAAGACCUAGAAAGGAAAGAAAAGGAAAAGAAGUACCAAGCCCGAAAGAUGCAUUACCUCCUUAGCACUGAGCAGAUUCCAGGCAUAUACAAUUCACCAUUGAGAAAAUCUCCAGAUCCAAUGGAACUGCUGCUACGGGAGUCAAAGCCAUUGGGACACAGAUUGCAGCAAAAGAAAAGUCCCUUUACCUAUGACCUCUAUGACUGGCCAACUUGUCGAAGGCCUCCAACUUUCUCCACGCUACAACCUCUGCCACCUAUUGGCAAACAGAAACCUCAGGGCCCUUUCCGUGAUCCUGCUGAAGUAUUUCAGCAGCGCCACAAGCCUUUGGAACCAACCUUGCGAGUGGCGACAUCAAUCGAUUCACUAGAGAAGGCCAGAGAGGAAAUGAAAUGGGAGGAAUGGAAAAAUCGUAUACAUGACAAUGAAUUUCUUCCAUUUUCUUCUUACAAUAAAAAUAAGAAGUAUGACCCAUCAAUUAUUAGGUCAAGUAAAUAUGGUCAAGAAGCUUAUGGAACUAAACAUUUCCGAGAAGUACAGCCAAAGAAGUGGGUAGUAAGCAAGGACUUUCAAACUGUGUCACCUGUGAUUGUUCUCUUCGAAAAGUUUGGAAAAACUUAUUCCAGAGCUGGGCAUAUAGUCUAG